UAAUCUAAACCCAAACACGCCUUAACAAAACACUAACGUACGAAAUCCAUCUCUCUCUGUCUGAACACUGCAAAAUCCUUGUCUCUCUCAAUUUGAUCAACUCGGACCGAGUUGGCUCAGUUGAAAAAAAUGAGUCAAGAAUCGUUCAUUUACAGCUUUGUAGCGAGAGGGACAAUGAUAUUAGCAGAGUACACAGAGUUUACCGGUAACUUUCCGGCCAUCGCAGCUCAGUGUCUUCAAAGAUUGCCUUCUUCUAACGAUAAAUUUACUUAUAAUUGUGACCAUCACACCUUUAAUUUUCUUGUUGAAGAUGGAUACGCUUAUUGUGUUGUUGCAAAAGAAUCUGUUAGCAAGCAGAUCUCUAUUGCAUUUUUGGAACGCAUGAAAGCGGACUUUAAGAAUAGAUAUGGGGGCGGUAAAGCAGACACAGCAAUUGCCAAAAGUCUCAACAAAGAAUUCGGGCCGAUUAUGAAAGAGCACAUGAAAUAUAUUAUUGAUCAUGCUGAAGAAAUAGAAAAGCUUUUGAAAGUGAAGGCUCAAGUUUCAGAAGUUAAGAGUGUUAUGUUAGGGAAUAUUGACAAGGUUAUUGAUAGAGGUGAAGCCAUAACGACUCUUGCCGACAAGACGGAGACUUUACAUGAUCAGGCCCAAGCAUACAAGAAACAGGGAACACAAAUCCGGCGAAAAAUGUGGUAUCAAAACAUGAAGAUUAAACUGGUUGUUCUGGGGAUCUUGUUGCUUCUGGUUCUUGUAAUCUGGCUAUCCAUUUGCCAGGGAUUUGAUUGUACCAACUAGUAUUCUGUUCAAGCACAAAUACACUAAAAGGAAAAUUACUCAAUAGUUUGUUCUCUUCAGGGGAUUUUCUCGUCUUUGGAAUCGUACCGGAACCCUAUACUUAUUUUACUGGAACCCUAUAGUCUUCAGAAGCCGGGAAGGGGAAUUCGAGAGCUGUUGGUUGAAGGUGAGAGGUCUGCAUCAUGUGAUUGUUGUACCAAUCUGUAUCCAAUAUUACACAACAUUCUUUUAAUCUUUUUCUUCUAAAAGUUUCUUAUAGAAUAAAGUUUUUGUAUUGUUUA